AUGCAUUCCAAAUUUAUACAUCAAGCACAAUCGACAAAAACAAGUGAACCGGCUGCUCGAAUAUUCCGUUUUGAGAAGCAAUCAUCUUUGAGAUAAAAACUCAAAUCAAAUGAAACUGACAAUGAUGCAGUAUCAAGAAGAGAUAGAGCUAUCAAGUCAGUCACAAUCCUAUAAGAGAUUACAAUUACGGCUAACAAUUCUAGCAAUUCAAAAAAACUCUUCAAAUUAAUUAGUUCAUUUAUGUCACAAGAACAACAGAUGCAACAAAUUACUGAGUAAUUAGAUAAAACACAGAUUGUAACAUUGUUCCUUAACAUCCACCUUUUUCAAAUACCUCAACUAGUCCACUUUCUACAUCUACUAUAUGACUGUCUCUUAUAAUUGGAUACACAAUUUCAGGAUGUUUUUAAAUAUAUUUUGUUACUUAACUACGAACUUUACCAAGGUUAAGCUGGAUAAUUAACUAGAAUACUUGAAAUCUUGUCUGAAAUGCAAAUGCUCAAUCCUGAUUUUAGUGCUUUUGAAAAUGAGUUCUAAUUUGAUAUUGAAGAUGUUUCUAAUUCAUUUAAUCGAGUUUAAUUGAGAAUUCUAUUCUUAGCUAGCUCUAUUGACAUUUUACAUGCAUUAAAGGGUUCUGUUUCUCUCUUUGAGUAAUUAGAGUCCUUUGUCUUUUCAUCUAUCAAAAAAAAUGAAAUUCCUAAUAUCAAUGAUCUAUAAACUCUUGUUAUAGCUUAUAUCUUAUUAAGUGAAUAAUUAGAUAUCUCAAAUAAAUUAGGCUAUGCUAAGCAAGCACUCGAGAUUAUAGGCAAGAAUCCUGAUUAUUCAAUUUUUGAAUUGAAGAAGAGAUUCAUUAUGAAUGCAACAAAAUUAUCAUAAAAGUACUUAGGACAACAAGUUUAUGAUUAAUUAUUGAGUAUCAAUAGAUCAUUCAGUCCUGGAUUCACUAGAUAAUCACUCACUAAUCUAAUUCCAAAAGACAAUUAAUUCUUCAAGUUCCUAGUGUCAUAAUUAAAAAUUACAUAUGCAAUUGAUAAUGAUUCAAAUUUUUAGAUUGAUUCUAAGUGCAAUAGUUUAUUGACUGAACCUAUGAUCAAUCAACUCUUGGAUAGAGUCAUUCCAUAGGCAAUUAAAAAGGAAAAAGUUAAUUCAACAUUUACUGAACAAAGCUAAUAAGACAAAAAACCAAUAAUCAUAAAGAAAUAAUUUUCCAUUAAAUAAUUAAAGCAAGAAAACAUCAUUUCCUCUUAAGUUUAGGUACAAAAUUAAGUUUAAACUCCCUCAUAAAAAACACAACCCUAAUAAUCAUCACAAUUCAAAUAAACUACUACAAACAAGUUGGAUUCAAAUGAGUUUGAAAUCUUAUAAAAUAAAUUGGUUCAUCAAUAACAAGAACUUCAAGAUUUAAAGUAAUUAUAUUCUAAUUAAAUGUUGCAAAAGAAGUCAGAUCAAACAGCAUAGCAAAGCUAAUAGAAUGAAUAAUUAAAAAAAAAAAUAGAGUCAUUAGAAGGAAAUCUUGUUUAAUUAAAAAAUGAAAAUGUUAUUUAUAAGAAAGAGAAAGAUUAAAAACAAAGUGAAGUGUAGGAACUGAGAUCAUUCAUUCAAGAUUUAUAAGAUAAACAAUAAAAAUUAGAAAAACUGGUGUAGCAAUAAUAUCAACAAUAGCAGCAAUAGCAAUAAAUACAAUAAUAAUAAUAAACUCUUCUUUAAUAGUAAUUAUCGAAUCCGGCACUGCAAUAUCUGAAAACUCAGUAAAGUAGCUACUCAACAAAGGCAAAUACUAAUAUGAACAUCUAAAUCCCAAUAAGUAAUUCUGAAAUUAAGAACAGACUCUUAGUCAGGGGUCAAAGUUAAAUGAGCCAUUCUCCUGGCGAAGAAUUCAAAAAUGAAAUGGAUGAUACUAGUCCUAGAAUCAUAAGAUAAAAUUAAACUUAUUUACUUCAAUUAUUGGAUCUCCUUGAUAUAAAUACCGGUUUUACUAAAAUAUAUAAUAAACUACAUUCUUCAAAUGAAAAUAAUCCUUGGGAAAGUGAAGUAACAGUAAUUCAUAACUUCAAAGUUGAUGCCAUGAUAGCAGAAUCAAGCGAAGGAAAGGUGCUGAUGUUAAAGGCUUUUAAUUCAUAAAAUAAUUAAAUUUGUUCAGAACAAAUACAAUUUGAUCUCUUAAAAAGUUUACUAGGUUAUGUAGAUUUCCAAGACUCUUUGCCAACUAAUUUACCAAAUAUAAGUACAACCCAUCAAUUCUUCAAAUUCUUAAUUUUACCAUACACAGCAGUUGUCCAAGAUGAAAACACUUAGUAAUAUAAAAUAUAACUUUGGCCUAAACCUUAUGGAUUAUUGAAUGGAUUAAAUUUAAAAUUAGAUUUCCUUGAUUUUAAUUGUCUUGUUUAUGUACAUCAUUUGGAAACUGAUUAAUUUAGAGUCAUAAUUUUUGAUCCUGCAAAUUAUGACUGCUUUAAGCUAGAUUUAGAAUUAGAUUACUCAACUAUGGACAUAUUCUUCCAAGAUGCUAAAUCUAUUAAAGAUGAAUUCAACUAUUAUUGCAAAAGUAAAUUAUUAAGGCUAACUGAAAAGUCUCCUAAAUUUGGAGAAGAUGAUGUGGCUGAAGCCCUGGUUGAACGACAUUUCUCUAAAGAGAAAGUCAAAGCAGUCAUAGAAGAAGCUAAACCGAAUUAAUCCUUUUCAUAAGAAUAAAUUACUUUGAAAUCCCCUCAAGAAUUUCUUAAAUACAUUAAAUCUAUUGUUUAAGCUUUUGAAUAGUAACUCAAAGCAUAGCAAAUCACUUUUGCCAAUAGUAUAUUUGGAAUGAAGUAUUUCAGGUGUAAAACUUGGAAUGCAGGGACAAAAAGUUAGAUCUAAAUUAUUAAAGAACAAAUAGAUUAAUAAUAAAUAUCUAUCCAUCUAGCAAAUUGCUUUGAAUCAUUUGGACCAAGUAAAACUAAACUCAAAGUUAAAGGUAAUACUCUUAUUAACUUCUCUGCAAUUCAAAGGGAAUUUGCUGUCUCUUAUGAUAAACUGCAGAAUGAAGAGAGAGCAACCAUUUUAUAAACUAUUUUAUACUCCUACAACCUUAACAUAUUUGAAAAGUAAUGUGAAUAGGACGAGUAAUAAUUUGAUAAAAACCCAAUUAUUUAAAGUAUUUAUGAUUGUGGAUCAUACAAAAGAGUUAUUGCCUUUGACAAUGGGAAAAUAACUUAAGUUAGUAUUUAAGUUAUUGGGUCCAAUAGGAGAAUGUGUGGUAUUAAAUUCUCAGUAUUUAAUAUUGAUGAAACUAUUGAGCAUGGAGUGUUCUUGCCAGUUUCCCAAAUUGAAUGGGACACUAGAGCUAUGGAAAAAUAGAAGAUUAAGGCAUCAGUAUAAAAUGUACCAUUUGCAGAGUAUCUGCUAACUUAGAUUCUAAAAUGUCCAACUACCUCAACUAUAUUAUUUAAGAAAAUAUUAAAUUCUGAUUUUAGAUCAAAUCAAAUUAAUAGCAAUGAAAUUAAAAAUCGAAAAACAUUCAUUGAAAGAAUUGACAAUAUAUUAACUUGGUAAGAAGUGGUUGCAAACUUAUGA